GCGCGUAGUGCGCGUUAUGGGAGCGGCGGCACUACGUGCCAAAGGGGAAGUUCGUUCCCGUUAAAGCUCCAAGGAAUGAUGUCUGUCUAAAACAAACGAACAGACUAUUUCCGUGUUUAUACACUACGACACCUUGGAAAGAGUGACUGCUUACCAAUAGAGUUCGAAUAAUUGCUCAAUUGACAUGUCCACCACCAUCACCAACGCAAAUGGAGUCGUGGUAGUCACACAGGUCUUUUCUCAAAGUGAAAGCGGCCAAAUCACUGUCCCGGCACCACAAGUUAAACGUGAAGUCCCUUAUUCAGCACCUGCUGAGCCAAGUAAGGUUUCUGAAAUGACAAGGAUAUUCCUGCGCGGCGAGCCGCAAUCCCUUGGGAUUGUACAGAUUUUCAUUGGAAUGUUGUUCGUGUUGGUGAGCUUGACCGGGAUCAUCUCUCCCACCCUGCAUAUCCAGGCACCUCUUUUCCUGGGAGUUUCAUUUGUCAUAUCUGGAUCUUUAUCUGUGGCUGCUCGUAAAGGGAAAAGUCUGGGUAUGAUUAGAGCAACUUUGGCUCUGAACAUCAUCAGUGCCAUUGUUAGUCUGGCUGGAAUUGGAUAUCUCAGUUUACUGCUGGCUACAGCCUCCAGUGACAGAAUCUGUGAUAUUUCACAUGACGAUGACGAAAACAAUUCAAGAUGGAGAGAGAAAUGCAGGUGGAUGGCCUGGAAACUGACUAGUCUGCUGUGCGGGAUCUGGGGCCUGCUGCUGGUCCUCACGGUAGUGGAAGUCUGUGUUUCGAUCUCUGGCGCCGUCUUCUCUGGAAAAGCCAUUCACCGCCGUGGGAUGCACAGCAUUGUGGUGAUGGUUGAGAAUGGAUACACCCCAGUCCCAGUGACCAGCGCUGCUUCUGUGUCUAGUGACGUUGCCCUCCUGAACGGCAGCGAUGACGACGCAGUCCCUGCCCCUCCAGCAUACCAUCCCUGAGGGCCUUCUACUGCCUCUACAUGGUGCAGCUCAUCGCACCAUUUCUUGUGGCACUUCUAGCAGCAAAUUACAUGUGGUUAUAGUAUGCAAAUAUAUUUACGCAAUCACUGAAGCAUUUCUGAACUACUUUAAGCAUUUUCCCUCCACUAUGCAGAAUGUUCUGUCGUCAUAUAAUGAUUGACAUUGUGUUGAAGGAUUUUUUCUAUUAGUUUAAAAAGCUAAUGCAUGUUGUUGGUCUGUCAAACACUUUCAUAUAGAUCUAAUGUUUUUACUAUAAACAUUCUGAUUCAUUUAAUCUAUUCCAUUAAAUAUAAUACAGACACAAUUGAUUCCUAAGAUACAAUGGCCUACCGAUACUUUAACAUAGGCCUAAAUAUAGGUCUAAUAACAUUGGCACUUCUCACAACCACUAUUUUAUACGGACUGUGUAAAGGAGUUGUUUCCAGGCCGGGUUAGUUGGUCAGUUUAUCAGCUUCAGCUCAUCGGUCUUCACAAGAACUGACCUAAUCAUGCUUGUUGAAAUAUUCUAUUGGGCUAAUUGUGUCAGUAGUUUCCGAAAAUGAGCAUCAAUAAUUUAAGAUUAUUUAAGUGUUAAUACAUUUUUCAUGGCAAAUAAAUUUUGAUUACAAACAACGACAUCAUUUUUAUUAUUCUACACAAUACACAUCACUUGGCGCUAGAUGUCUCCCUCCUCCUAAGUAAGCAAACAUCACUCUCGAUGCGAACGGAGUUUUGUCAGGUCCGUCUAUGUUGAGUUCAUGGGUCCGCGGCUUUCUCCCUGUCCGCGAGGUGCUGAUCAUGAAGCAGUAGCCAUUUUGAAACACAAAUCGUUCACAGUACACCCGCCCUGAAACCUGGAACUAUGCCGCGGGGCCGGCCUCGAAAACUGAGGGAUAAAACCACCAACGGAGCAGCAGACCUCUCUGAGCAGAAGGCUGACAGCUCCAGUCAUGGAGAGACCAGGGACAUCAGGUGCUCUGUGUGUUCCCAGAGCUUCAGCACUGAGAGCCAGCUACAACGGCACCACAGAGAACACCAGGCCAACGACAAGCCUCAUCGCUGUGACCAGUGUCCUCAGACGUUCAACGUGGAGUUCAACCUCACCCUCCACAAGUCGACGCACACAACCUCCAACCCCACCUGCCCCGUGUGUCAGAAGAGGUUCUCGCGCGUGGCCAGCCUCAAGUCCCACAUCAUGCUGCACGAGAAAGAGGAGAACCUGAUCUGCACCGAGUGCGGGGAUGAGUUCAUCCUGCAAAGCCAGCUGUCUCUCCACCUCGAGGAGCAUCGGAAGGAGCUGGCCGGCAUCAAGGUCUACACCUGCAAGACCUGCGGCAAGGACUUCAAGAUGGCCGCACAGCUCAAGGAGCACAUGAAGAUCCAUGUCAAGAUGAGGGCAUUCACAUCAAAUUCCAGAAACUACAAAAAGAACAUAGAUCGCAGUGGGUUCACCAAUCGUUGUCAGCACUGCGGAAAGACCUUCAAAAAGCCAAGUCAACUCGUCCGGCACAUUCGCAUCCACACCGGCGAGAGACCCUACGUUUGCCCCAACUGUGGGAAGUCCUUCAACCAGAAGGUGGUUCUGCAGACCCACAUGGUCAGGCAUACUGGGGAGAAGCCACACCUCUGCAUGUUCUGCCCUGCCUCCUUCUCCCAGAAGGGCAACCUGCACUCCCACGUACAGAGAGUCCACUCUGAGGCUAAGGGGGUGCCUCUCUUCCCUUGCAUGGACUGCAGCUGCGUGUUCAAGAAGCUCGGCAGUCUCAACGCCCACAUCAGCAAAAUGCACAUCUCCAUAAUAGACGAGCCGUCUAACACACAGGAGGUGGAGGAGACGUGUGGGGGGGGCGCGGGGUCAGAGGGCAGCGAGGUGGUGACCGACGUGAUCCAGCAGCUUCUGGAACUCUCCGAGCAGGUGGCCGGGGAGAGUUCCCAACCACAGGCCCAGGAACAGGCCAUCACAAUGGAAACCGCCAUCAACCAAGACAUCUUGCAGCAAGCCCUGGAGAACAGCGGGCUCAGCGUGGUCCAGUCUCAGAGCGGCCAGAGCCACGCCACCGGGGGCGCUGUCUCGGACGGCAAGAAGCUGCCCGGCCAGGAGAAAUCUGCCAAGAAGGAAAAAAGGAACAUUUUCAAGAAGCCUGUUCAGAUGCCAGGCUCCAUCAGAGAGGAGAAUGGCGUGCGCUGGCAUUGUUGCCCCUACUGCUCCAAGGAGUUCCGGAAGCCCAGCGACCUUGUGCGCCACAUCCGCAUCCACACCCACGAGAAGCCCUUCAAGUGCAAGCAGUGCUUCAGGGCGUUUGCGGUGAAGAGCACCCUGACGGCCCACAUGAAGACCCACUUGGGCAUCAAGGCCUUCAAGUGCCCGUUCUGCCUCAAGUGCUUCUCCACCUCGGGCAGCAUGAAGGUCCACAUGAGACUGCACACAGGAGUGCGUCCCUUCCCGUGCCCGCACUGUGAGAAGAUCUUCCGCACGUCGGGCCACAGGAAGACGCACAUCGCCUCGCACUUCAAGAGCCUGCAGCAGAGGAAGCACAAGUUCCCCCGCAAGACGCACAAGGCCAAGGUGUCCAAGAGCAACCUGCCCCUGCCGGACAUACCCCUGCAGGAGCCCAUUCUCAUCACCGACCUCGGUCUGAUCCAGUCCCAGAAUCCCCGUCUGUCUCUGCAGCACUACCUGGACAUGGUGGACAGCGACCGGCCCUACAAGUGCCUCUACUGCAGCAAAGCUUACAAGAAGUCCAGCCACCUCAAACAGCACGUCAGGUCUCACACGGGCGAGCGGCCGUACAAGUGCCUGCAGUGCAGCAAGGGCUUCGCCUCGUCCGGCGUGCUCAAGGCCCACAUCCGGACGCACUCGGGCCUCAAGGCCUACAAGUGUCUGAUGUGCGACACCACCUUCACCACCAGCGGCAGCCUGCGGCGUCACAUGACCACGCACAGCGACCUCCGGCCGUACAUGUGCCCCUACUGCCAGAAGACCUUCAAGUCGUCGCCCAACUGCCGCAAGCACAUGAAGACACACAGGUAUGAGCUGGUCCAGCAACUCCAGCAGCAGCCCACAGACGACCCCAUGGGCGGAACCACCGUGUCCCAUGACAUGCAGGUGGAGAUCGAGGCCGACGCCCUCCAGGCCCAGGCCCCUCCCUCCGCGGGCGGCGAGCAGGAGAGCAUGCUGGGGCUGGGCCAGGGGGCGGGGGUGGGCGGUGGACAGCAGGUGGCGCUGGAGACCCAGCUGAGCGACCAGGGAGAGGACACCUUUGUUACAACUCAACAUGUGAUGCCUCAGACCAUUAGCCAGUUUGAGACGCAGUCCCUACCUCAGCCUGCCUUUGACCAGCAAGCUCUUACACAAGGUUUCACCAUUACAGAAAGUUAUGCCCAGCCCCAGUUCACCAACGUCCAACAACUCCAGGACUCCAGCACUCUGGAGUCCCAGGCCCUGUCCUCCAGCUACCCCCCCCAGAACCUGCUCCACGUCCCCAGCUCCGAGGUGGCCAGAGGCCUCCUCCAGGACCCCCCCGAGGCUGAUGUGCAGCUCAGCGGCCAGAUUCAGGACUACCAGGACGACAGCGAGGAGAACGGCAAACGGGCCUACAGGUGCAACUGGUGCAGCAAAGGCUUCAAGAAGUCGAGCCACCUGAAGCAGCACAUCCGCUCGCACACGGGGGAGAAGCCCUUUAGGUGCAACCUGUGUGGCCGGGCCUUCGUGUCGGCGGGGGUUCUCAAGUCCCACCUCAACACACACACGGGGGUGAAGGCCUUCCGGUGCAACGUGUGCGGCGCCUCGUUCACCACCAACGGCAGUCUGAACCGUCACAUGAUCAUCCACAUGAAGCCCUACAAGUGUCCCAUGUGCGAGGAGAGCUUCCGGAGCAGCCUGCUCUGUCGCAAGCACCUGAAGAAGGCGCACGCGCUGGAGGACCGAGGCCUGGAGGAAGAGGACGUGGAGGAGGAGGAGGAGCGCGACCAGCUGGCCGCCAAGAGGAACCGCGCCGACAUCAUCACCUUCACGGAGGAGCAGGCGGCCGAGCUGGCCAAGACCAGCCCCGGGGAGGAGGCGUCCGUCUCGGAGAAGGUGCUGGCCCAGUCCGCGGCGGAGAGGGACCGCAUCAGCGAGAUCAAGGACAAGGCCGUGGAGCUGGAGACGGAGCCCAAGUUCGCCAACUGCUGCAACUUCUGUCCCAAGAGCUUCAAGAAGCCCAGCGACCUCGUCAGGCACAUCCGUAUCCACACAGGAGAGAGGCCGUUCAGGUGCGAGGAGUGCGGCAAGACCUUCACAGUCAAGUCCACCCUGGACUGUCACGUGAAGACUCACACAGGCCAGAAGCUCUUCAACUGCCACAUGUGCAACACCUCCUUCUCCACCAAGGGCAGCCUGAAGGUGCACAUGCGCCUGCACACGGGCUCCAAGCCCUUCAAGUGCCCCUACUGCGAGCUGCGCUUCCGCACCUCGGGCCACCGCAAGACCCACAUCCAGUGCCACUCGAGGCCCAGCUCGGAGGGCCGCAAGGCCAAGCGGGCAGCCUCUGCCCGGGCCCAGCAGGCCGCGGAGCAGGACCAGGCCUCGGCCCAGCAGGUCCAGACGGGCGCCGAGGGGCUCCACCUGCUCCAGACCAGCUCGUCUGACCCCAACCUCUACCUCCCGGCCAACCAGGUCCUCACGGGCCAGUUUGACCAGAGCCUGCUGCAGCAGGGCCUGGUUGGACAAGCUAUCCUGCCUGCCUCCAUGUCAGGGGGGGACCUGACCGUGUCUCUGUCGGAGGGCCUGGCCACACUAGAGGGGAUCCACCUGCAGCUGACCUCAGCUAACCUGGUGUGCCCCAACGUCCAGAUCUCUGGGAUCGACACCAGCAACAUCAACAACAUCACCUUGCAGAUCGAUCCAGCCAUCCUCCAGCAGACCCUCCAGCAGGGCGGCCUCCUCUCUCACUCCCUGACCUCUGACGCCGGCCUCACCUCCCACCUGGCCUCCGGCGACCCCGGGGGGCUGCCCGCCAACGUGGUGCUCCAGCCCCUCACCAGCCUGGCGCUGCAGCCCUCCAGCAUGGCCCCCUCCGGCACCACCAUGGGGGGCCUGGGAGAGCCAGACGGCUCAGGUUCCCAGGAGCUGGCUCACGUGAUGAGCUCGGGGCUGGUGCCGGGUGGAGCCGGGGGCCAUGAGAUCACCCUGACCAUCAACAACUCCAGCCUGACUCAGGCUCUGGCCCAGGCCCAGGCAGCCGGGGCGAGCGCCGGAGCAGGGAACCCUCAGGAGAUCACCCUCACCAUCUCAGGUCAGGACCUGCUGUCACAGCCCGGCCCCUCCGCUGGAGGGGAGAUGAGCGGUGGCAUCAGACUAACGUCUCCCCUCGUAACCCAGACGGCCAACGCCACCCUGACCCUCAGCAAUGACCACCUCCUACCUCAUAGUACCUCCAACGCUGGCGUGACCGUCACCAGCCUGCCGUCCGGCACCGCCCUAUCACAGACUGCCGUGUCACAGAGCCUGGUGAUGUCAUCAGGGAGCGUGGUGGAUGGAAGCGUGACCCUGACCCUGGCCGACACGCAGGGCAUGCUCGAUGCAGUCACAUUGAACCUGAACGCACAGGGUCAACAGUUUCCUGCAGUGCUGAACGAGGCUGGUCUCUCGGGGCAACCCGCUGGCUCCACACAGCAGGUCAUCCUCGUUAGCCACGCCCCCAACGCCCCUGAGCAAUCAUCCGACAACGGCUUCAGACUGGCCGAGGCGGCCCAGGUGUGUGUGAAGGCGUCGGAGGCGGAGCCUCCCAAACAGAACCAGUGUUUCUACUGCGACCAGGUGUGCCAGAGCGCCAACACGCUGAGACGGCACUGCCGGCAGGCCCACGGCAAGGAGCGCUGCCACGUCUGCCGGGCCUGCGGCAAGGCCUUCAAGAGAGCCACACACCUCAAGGAACACGAGCGCGUGCACAAGCGAGGCCCCUCCCCCAGCUCCCGCAGGCCGCGCCACUUCAACUGCACUGUCUGCGUCAAGGCCUUCACCAAACCCAGCCAGCUGGAGAGACACAAUCGCAUACACACAGGAGAGCGUCCAUUCAAGUGUGAGCAGUGCGACAAGGCGUUCAACCAGAAGAGCUGCCUGCAGGUGCACAUGGUGAAGCACACGGGAGAGAAGCCCUUCAAGUGUGAGGUCUGCAGCAUCGGCUUCACCCAGAAGAGCAACAUGAAGUUACACAUGAAGAGGCUGCACGACUAUGGUGAGGAACACAGACGCAAGCCUACACACACACACGAGCCUAAUCCUGGUGGAGACAUCCAGGGCCAAUUCCCGGAGCUCCACUUGGAAGAGGUUGUCCAGGAGUCGUCCGGAGACUGGCAGUGCAGCAUGCCAGGCGUCUUCCCCUAGUCGCCCUCUGAAGCGACUCACACACCACCGAGGCAUCAUGGGUCAUGUAGUUCACACAACUACCCCAACUACUACUAGCCACUGUUAGUUGCAUGCUUUUGUGAACAAACUGCACUUUUUCUGAACGUGUCCUUCCCAGGCUUACAAAGGUUUUUCGCGUCGGAAACAGACAAAACAAUCGUGCUAUUUGUGUCUUUCUGUUUCAAAGAAGGUCAACAUAGAUUAGACUAAAACCUGGGAAGAAUAUGCAAGGUCUUCGUUCUUUCUUCUCAGGCUUUUGGGACUGUUACAUUAAUUCCCUUGUUCUAGUUCGAAGGCAACCCUCGUCCAAAAUAUCAGAGAGGACAGAACUCUGAGGAAAGUUAGCUUUCAGAUAUGUUUGGCAUCGGGUGUUGCCGUCCACUCUCAUGUUCGUCCCGUGCCAGCCUCUCAAAGCCAAGGAACAGGCAAUGUCCAAACGCAGCGCUUUUGUGCAGUUUACUGAGGGGGAAAAAAGUUUUCUUCUCUCCUUUUCAUGACAUUAUAUUUUUGUAUGUUUAUAUUCUACCGUUUUUGUAAAAGGCAAGCUAAAUCUACUUUGUUUAGUUUUGUCGAAUGUUCUUUUGCCAUAUAAAAUGGAAGGUGGCCUUGAAUGGGUCUAAGUGCUAACAAGGGUAGCUUAAAUGUUCCCCUCCAAGAUGAAAAGGUGCUCCUCUUCGUCUCUGUAUGAGAACCCCAGAAAAAAUAACUCUAUAGAACAUUUAGCAGGUUCUAACUAGAAUCUAUGUUUGACAAAACGAUGUAGAGUUGACCUUGUGAAACCACUAUAGACGUCUUCUGUGUAAACAUCUUCCGCUGAACCAUGACCAUGAGUGGCAUGAGGCUGACAGAAUUCAUGCACAACCCUUUUUUAUACAAUAUUUUAUUUUGUAAAUAGUGUACGAUAGAUGCCUAUUUUCUGAUGGUAAGGGUGAACAAGCUCUUUGUCCAGCUAUGCCAGUGUACAAAGACUAUAAGCUGUUGAGUUUUAGUUAGGCGAGAAUGUAUUUUUUAAUGUUCAGAAAAUGUUUAAUAAAACAGAUUUUCUACUUC